AUGGGCCGUGCCCGCCGCAGCAGCAGCACGAGGAACAGGCGGGGGAGCGCGCCGCGGGGCUCUGCCCAACGCGCGCUCCGAUGCGGGGCCGGUUCCCGCCGCACGGCCACACCGCUUCUCACGGGAACUCCGACUCGCCUCAGCCACCGCGCUGCCUUCUUGCGUCCCGGCCGCGCCAGGGACGGAAAGGCAGAAAAGCCAGGAAAGAAAAGAGGGACCAGCCGCCUCACCUGCCUGCGGCGGCACCGCAGUCCCCACAGGAGGCGGUGUCGCCGCUGCCCCGCCCCCUCCCCUCCCCUCCCUCCCGCCACUUCCGGGGCCGCCACAAAAGUCUCGGGGGGGCCGUCGCUGUGGUUGACCUGGCCGGGAAAUUGUGGGCCCCAACGACGGGCCUUGCCGGUACCUCUGCCGGAGAAGGUGUAUGCUUGCCAGCAGUGCCAGGCAGCAAAGAACAUAGCCACCAGAGUGCACAAAAUACAGCACAUCAAAGCAGAGGACCCAUGGGCUGCAGUCACUAUAGGCCUAAGGGGACCUUUCAAUGUUACCAACAGAAGUCACAAAUACAUCAUCAUUAUGACAGAUUUGUUUACAAGAUGGACUGUUAUCUUACCACUGCAUGACACUUCAGCAGCUGAAAUUGCCAAGGCCAUCAUAAAUGUGUUUUUCUUAUAUGGGCCACCUCAAAAGAUGCCUAUUGAUCAAGGGAAGGAGCUUGUUUAUCAGAUAAAUGAAGAACUGUUUGCACUGUUUGGAGUGAAACAAAUUGUAUUGUCUUAUCCUCAGACAGAUGAUGUAAAUGAAAGAAUGUCCAAGACAAUCAAAAGUUUCUUUAACAAGUAUUGCAUUGACAUCCAUGAUUGGGAUGAGCAUUUGUCUGCUGUAGCCUAUGCUUUCAAUUUGAUGGAUUUGGAGCCAGAUAAAAACACCCCAUAUUUCCAAAUGUUCAGCCAUAACCCACAUGUUGUUGAGCCCAUGAAUAUAUUUGUGGAAGGAGGAUACAGCAGUUUUGCCAAAAUAUUUGAAGCAACUAAAAAACUCAGUCAAGCACUGGAAGAAGAGAAAACCUCAGAUUUCCAGACGGAAAAACUUCAGAUGAACAAAAAAUCAGAGCCAAAAUCACAGUCAAAAGGAAGACAAAACAAUUAAAUACCCUUCAGCUUAAAGUUGGACAUGAAGUCCUCAGGCAAAGAAAAAACUGGUGGAAAGAUGGUCGUUUCCAGUCAGAAUGGAUUGGUCCUUGUAUCAUAGAUUACAUCACAGAAAAUGGCUGUGCAACAUUAAGAGAUUCCACAGGAUCCAGGCUCAAAAGACCCAUCAAGAUGUCUCACCUCAAGCCUUACAUAAGAGGGUCCAGUGAAAAAAGUGUAUAUGGUUUUUUUUAAGUUUGUAUUUUAAUAUAUGUAAAAAAUGUUGGUUUUUUGUUUUGUUUUUUUAACUUCUCUUUUGUGGUGUUAGGUUAUUAGAAUGAAAAGGUAUCAUUCACUCACCAGUGGGAAUUAUAUUAGCAAACACAGUAAUGUGUUUAAAAAAAAAAAAGUUGUACUUUUCAGUAAGGAGAAGAGUGAAUGAGUGACAUCAAACUAUGCAGAGCAUGUAACAGAGCUCAUUAAUAUUGUUCAAAGUCUUUUUAAAAAUAGCCUCUAUUGAAGUUGCUUCUAAUCACUGUUUUGGCUCUAUUUGUGCUGGCUGAUAGAAGUGUAGAAACAAUCUAGAAGUAUAAGCAGGCUGAACUGUGUCCAAGGAGCAUGUUCUGUGUUUCUGUUCUGGUGUAGUGUGAGGAAAAAGACACAACUUUGGGGGUUCAAAUAAACUAGGGUGUUUAUUAAGGGAAAAGAACAAAGGGGAGGAAGGAAUAAUGGGUGAGGGAGAAAAAAAAAGAAAAGAAAUUAAAAAAAGUCCCAGGUCUGAGGAUUGAGGAAUCCUCUGGCUGAACCGGCGUUUUGGUCCCAAAGCAAGAACUCAGCGGCGCUGCAGUGAAUGCAGCUAAUCUGCACUCAAAUUUAUAUAAAAAAGUCUCUAAAAGAGAUGUAGACCGGAGUCUGCAGUUUCGGGUCCUCAGCUGCAGCUAAUCCACAGUUAAAGGGCAGUUCUUCAAACUUCACAGGUCCUUUUAUAAUCUCUGUCCCCUCAGCUUGGUGCUGGCAGUCCAACCCCUAUAGUUGUUGUUGAUUGGUGCUGGUAACAUCUUCUCCUCCAACAGUUUGCUGUUGUUGGGGUAACUGAGGUUUUGGAGGGAAAGUUCCUCAUUAGUAUGCACUGUUGCCGUGGUGUCAAGCUACAAGUCUUAUGGGGCAGGUUAAAAAUUCUUUGUAAGAUGCUGCUGGUGGGGGGAUUUGCUUUGAAAACCUCUAAAGUAACGAACUUAAAAGGGAUUAUUAAAUUUACAAACAGUGCAUCAAUAGCAACAAACAAAUGAGUAAGGGGCUACAAAAAUAGGGAUAAUGCUUAUGACAGUCAAACAUUCAAUUGGAACACACAAAAAAACAAGUACAAUUCUACAAUGAACAACUUCUAAACAACAAUAACAAACAAUUCUACAUGCAAAAGCCAAUCUAAGGUUUUAUAGAUGACAUGUAGUCAGGAUUCACAUAAAUUUUGUUUGUGCAAUGGAAACUUUUUUUCAACAUUGGAGUGUCUUCUAAAGCCUUAAACUAGGAAGACUACAUCAGAUAACUGAUUUUGGAAUAGUUUAUUUUAAGUUGUUCUAUUAAAGAAGUCAAGUGUUUCUCUUACCAGAGAAAAUAAAAUUGACAUGCUCUGUGGUAGGAUGGCUAGAAAUUUCCAAAGAUUUGGAUAACCAAGUUCUACUCUUGUUAGCUUGCCCUUUGACAAAUUAAAUAGUGGCAGCUGUUUCUUUUCUGCUCGUGCUGUCAUUGAGUCACCAGAGGCAUUUUAAAAAAAAUUAAAUACUUGGUGUACAGAAGACUUCUGUCACAGAACAAGUUGCUUUUUACUUCAGAAUUCUUGAAAAGCAGAAC